AUGUCUGAUUCUAUCAGUUUCUUUCCCGUUCGUCAGCAUUUUUCGUUCGCAAUCAGUUACAAAAUUGUGUUGUUUCCAAAUUGUUGGUUAAUUCCUUCAGAAAUAUAGUGUAAUGGCUGCUCGUCUACUCAGUAUCCUCCAAUUGGGCGGGCACAUCCUGCCCAAACGAAAGUUUGCCCAUCAAUCACUGUUUUUUGCAAGGGGAAUGUCUAGGAGGAAGCACCAAAGUCAGAACACUGAGAAAGGCAAAAAAACUUGUCCGAAAAAUCAGUUUUUCGGUGGAUGCUUUAAGAACUCUGAACCUUUUAGGAGGGAAAACAAGAAGGAAAAAGCCAAACGCUGUCGGGAUCCUUGCAAAGACGGACCAUGCCGCCCAGAGAAGUAGAUGACUGACCUCUAAAAAAGCUGGAAAUAACCAAAGUUCUUAGCCUUAUAGCUUUCAUUUCCAAAUGAUUACUACAGUUACUUUUGAACAGAAUAAAACAGGUCGCCCAAAAAUCGUCUUAGCCAUGAAAUAACCAA